AUGAAGCUGUUAACACAUAAUAUGUUGACAUCUAGUGUGAUUAAAGGAGUGACCAAGGGCUUCCCUCUGAAGAUCGUGGCCAGCAAGGUAGAAGUCAGAGAGGUUGACUAUAAUGAACCGUUUAUUAUCAAAACACUUUCCAAAGUGGACUGGCCAGCUCUGCACCAAGCUGCCAAUGAGGUUGGCUAUGGAGAAGAUCUGCCAAUAGAACUGGGGGAGGAUUUCCAAAAAGAUGAAACGUUACUGAGAAAAAUUCACAAUGCUUUGUUACAGGUGGAUAUAAUUGAAGGAGAGCUGGUCUGUCCAGAAUCUGGCAGGAAGUUCCCCAUUUCAAACGGCAUCCCCAACAUGUUACUUUCAGAACAUGAAGUCAGCAGCUGA